GGGGAAGGAAGGAUAUAAAGAUAAAGUCGGUCGCGUUACGGUUCUCGCUUAGCUUACUUCAGCCUGCGCAACCCAGGCCAUGGAUUCCUCUUCAACGCCGUGUCUGUCAUUCAUUGGUAUAGUUGAUUUCAGUCAAGAGGCGAGAUGGAUUUAUAUGACUGAUUCGGUCACGGACUUACUGGGAUACGAGCCUUCAGAGCUACGCGGAAGACCUUCACUUGAACUCGUUCAUCCAGACGAGGCAGCGCGGGUACGACAACUGCACUACGAAACGAUCAAACAAGACAAGGCUGCGGUGCUUGUAUAUCUCAGGAUGAAGCAUAAAAACCCUAUGAAAGGCUACAUUCUCUGCGGCAUCAGUCGAACUGUUGUCCAUAACGUCCUGAUCGGUAGCGUUUCCUUUGCCACAUCAGGUGCUAAAGCUCUGCAUAACGCGUCCACCGCCCAAGAGAUCACUGUCAUUAGUCCAGCACCGGAGCUGGAAUUUAGGCGGUGGCACGAUCCGUCACCGAUGCCUCCCAGUCCUAUCCCCCUCAGCCUCCAAAAGGUACCGCCAUUGGACACGAAUUGUCGUUCAUUGUAUUCACCCGCUAGCUCGAGUUCCUCAGCACUCUCUCAGACCUCGAGCCUACAACGAUCGCCGUCUCCGACGAGUUCUGAUCCCUCUUCAGGAAGCCCGGUGCCCAGUUCUCGACCGCCCACACAAACGCCUUCACCACCACCAUCACAUCUUAAACUACCCAAUCCGACCCGCGUCGCCUCCCUCCUGACCGACUCUUCCCCGUCUGGUAUAUCUUUCCCGACCCCACCCAGCCAAUCUUCCAGAACCGCUUUAAUCCUCAACCGGUUUAGUCGCCAUUGUAUGAUCAUGUAUUGCUCAAAUGACCACUUGAUCUACGCCCCGGGGCGUAUCAACGUUUGGGAGCAGCGUUCCUUUUUUGAUUUUAUUGCCACGAAAGAUGAAGAUCGAGUUCGGAGUUGGAUUGAUGUCGUCAAAUCUUGGGGAGUUAACGAGCGUGGUCAGCCGAGUGACGGUGGAUUUGGGUUUGGCAAGUUCGGGUUGGUCAGUGGUGGACGAUCUCUACCUUCGUCCAAUUCCCCGCACCUUUCGCGGGAUAGUAGGAUCCUACGGGAUCAUCGAGAACAAGAGCCUAGGCCGAGAGCUCAUCGGAAUCCUCAUUCCACUUCUUCAGGUCGACGACACUCACAUGCACAUGCUAACGGGGUCAAGGAGAUAGUGAUUAACGGUGGUGAAGAUGUGAUUGAAGUUGACGCUAUUUUCUCAGCUCAUUCGGAUGGGUUGAUGGUUAUUUUGAGGAGAGCCACAUAGGGCAAGACGACGUGUUCCGCGGGGGUCCUCAUUAGAAUGGAAGGGGGGAGAAGAACCAGAAAGUUCUGGUGUGGGUCCAGUAUGCGAUUACUGACCCAUUUUAUGCGUAGCCCCCCCACCGUCUGAGUGAGAUCUCUUUCUUUAUCCCCUCAAAUCAAUUAUACCUGAUUCACCGAAAAACCGAAAAACUUCCUCCCACCACCACUACCACCCCCUCUUCCCUGUUCCUGGCUGUUAGCUCAAGUUACGCUGUGGACCUGUAUAUAUGUAUACUGUACACCUAUUUCUUGUUUUACUCCUACCCUUGUGUAAAAUAUCCUUGUCCUCCCCUAAUGGUUUGACUCUCUGGGGAAAUUAUUCGCUACAUAUCUCGUUCUUGUGUUUUCUGGUUGCCCGGUUGUGUAGUGUCGCUCCC